CUUUUGGAAAUUACUUGCUUAGAACAUCUGCAUUCAUAGAUACAUUUGAAAUAUAAUUUCAUAGGUGAUAUAACAAGAAUCAAACCACAAUGAGUGGGAGGGUUGGUGCUGAUGUUGAGUGGAAGGAUUCGGAUACGAAUAGUGUACCUUCCUUCCACCAAACGGAUGAUUUGCCUUAUGUUCAUAAGGUAGGGAAGCCUCCAAAGCAAGAUUUGUUGAAAGAGAUCAAAACCGGCCUCAAGGAAACUUUUCUUUCUGAUGAUCCAUUGAAACCUUUCAAGGGCCAGUCAAGAAAGAAAAAACUUGUCCUUGGAUUUCAAACCCUUUUUCCAAUACUUGGAUGGGUUAGAGAUUAUAGUUUCUCUAAGUUUAAAGGCGAUCUUAUUGCUGGAUGUACCAUUGCAAGUCUUUGUAUCCCUCAGGAUAUUGGCUAUGCAAAACUAGCAAACCUGGACGCCCAAUAUGGAUUGUACUCGAGCUUCGUUCCACCUCUUAUCUACGCCUUCAUGGGAAGCUCAAGAGAUAUCGCCAUUGGUCCAGUUGCAGUCGUUUCUCUUCUACUUGGAACUAUGCUUCGAGAGGAACUCGACCCCAUCAAACAAAAACACGAUUACGAACGUCUCGCAUUUACUGCAACUUUCUUUGCUGGCGUCACUCAAUUCACACUAGGGUUUUUCAGAUUGGGUUUUCUGAUCGACUUUUUGUCGCAUGCUGCCAUUGUCGGGUUCAUGGGAGGAGCUGCUGUCACCAUCGCACUUCAACAGCUGAAAGGGUUGUUUGGAAUCAAAGACUUCACCAAAAAGACGGACAUUAUUUCCGUCAUGCGUUCUGUGGUUCAAUCAGCACAUCAUGGGUGGAACUGGCAGACGUUACUGAUAGGAGUCUCAUUCUUGAUCUUCCUUCUUGUUGCCAAGUUCAUCGGCAAGAAGAACAAGAAGCUCUUUUGGGUGCCUGCUAUAGCUCCAUUGAUUUCCGUUAUUAUCUCGACUUUUUCCGUCUUCAUCACUCGUGCAGACAAAGAAGGUGUUCAAAUAGUACGUCAUAUCGAGCAAGGAAUCAAUCCAUCAUCGGCACAUGAAAUUUUUUUCGAUGGCCCCUUCCUUGCCAAAGGUUUCAAGAUUGGAGUAAUUGCAGGAUUGAUUGCACUCACGGAAGCUGUGGCAAUUGGAAGAACAUUUGCUUCAAUGAAGGACUAUCAGAUUGAUGGAAACAAAGAAAUGGUGGCUCUAGGCUCCAUGAACAUAGUUGGUUCAUUGACAAGUUGUUAUGUUGCAACAGGGUCGUUUUCUCGAUCAGCAGUGAAUUACAUGGCGGGAUGCAACACCGCAGUGUCCAACAUCGUGAUGUCUAUCAUCGUAUUAUUGACUCUUUAUGUCAUCACCCCAUUAUUCAAAUACACUCCAAAUGCAAUCCUAGCCUCCAUCAUUAUAUCAGCAGUUGUAGGUCUCAUUGACCUUGAUGCAGCAAUCCUACUAUGGAAGAUUGAUAAAUUUGACUUUGUAGCUUGUAUGGGUGCCUUUUUCGGUGUUAUUUUCGCUUCUGUUGAAAUUGGCCUCCUCAUUGCGGUUGCUAUAUCGUUUGGAAAAAUUUUGUUACAAGUGACGAGACCCCGUACAGCGGUGCUUGGUAAGAUCCCACGGACUAGCGUGUACCGUAACGUAGAGCAGUAUCUCGGUGCCACUAGAGUUCCCGGUGUUCUAAUAAUCAGAGUUGAUUCUGCCAUUUACUUCUCUAAUUCCAACUACAUCAAGGAGAGGAUUUUGAGGUGGCUAAGGGACGAGGAAGAAUCGUUUAAAGAUCAACCCAAAGUUCAAUAUUUGAUAGUUGAUAUGUCACCGGUUACUGAUAUUGAUACGAGUGGCAUUCAUGCAUUGGAAGAAUUGCAUGGUGGUCUACGAAAGAAAGAUGUUCAGCUUAUUUUAACAAAUCCGGGACAAACCGUACUCGACAAGCUACACGCGGCUAAUUUCGUAGAUUUGAUCGGGGAAGACAAGAUCUUCCUAAGUGUUGCCGACGCUGUUCUAACAUUUGCCCCAAAGAUGGAGCAAGCAUAAAAUAUCACUUUAUUUUUAUUUUAUCCCGCGGGUUAUAUAUAUAAUGGUGUGUUUAUAUUCUUUUUAAGGUUUUAAAAUUUUGUGGAAAGGAGGCAAGAUAUAUAAAGGAAUUGAGAGGAUGCAUGAAGGUUGUACAUGACAAGCCAACCAAAUGACAACUAUUUCUUCCCCGAUGUGUGUGUGCAUCUGUUGUUAUAUACCAUGCGGCCAGAAAUAUCAAAAGCUUAUUUAUUGAAUUUUUUCAGUAUUGUAAUUUAUAAAGACUCGUAUGUUUUUUGUGUGCUCAUAAUUUGUUAAUUGUUGUUGGUGGAAGUAAUAUUUUCUUAACUCUAAUAAUAUAAUUUGACAC